CCCUCAGUCGUUGCUGAGCUACGCAGAUACACGCAAUGGCCGAACGACCGCAUCUAAAAGUAGGCGAGAUAUAAUCAGGAAAUGAACGACGGGAGGGAGUUGUUUAUCGUACAAUAAAACACUGCAGUGAGAAAACACGAGGGGUUCAUUUCACAGUUCCCUGUUUAUAAAAUGGACUUGUCCGACAUUGCCGGGAUUGGAUUUUAUUCGUGGAGGCAUCAUUAUUCAAAUAUACGGGUACAACUGUUCACAACCCUGAGGACACAAUCAUCGGAUGUAACCGACGGAUGUUUGAGAAACAGCUUGCGUGUGAUGUCAAGUUUAAGAUCGGGCAGUCGAAGUCGCCGGUAGGUGCCCACAAGUAUGUGCUGAGUGCCAGGAGUGAUGUCUUCUUCACCAUGUUCAGUGGGUCGGUGCCCCAAGGUGCUAACGUGGAUGUUCCUGACAUAGAGCCGGGACCCUUCAAUACUUUCUUACGGUACCUGUACUGUGACGAGGAACUCAUUGACUCCGACAACGUGCUCUCCGUCCUCUACUGCUGUAAGAAGUACAACGUCCAGUCUCUGCUGACCAAGUGCGUCGAUUUUGUAAAGCAGACGAUGUCUGUCGACAAUGUGUGUUCUUUGUUGGAACAAGCUCACAUCUUUGACGAGCAGCAGUUGUACCAGAGUUGUCUCUCCUUCAUUCACCAACAGGGGGCUACUGUGUUGCAAACAGACGGAUUCCAGGAGCUCUCGCGCGCAUGCGUCUUAGAUGUCAUUUCCUCCAACUCUUUGGCCUGCCAGGAACACAUCGUCUUCGUGGCAAUGCUUCGCUGGGCAGAAGCGGAAUGUAAACGUCAAAGCAAGCAUGUACAAGAUUCGACUAUGAGGGUAGUUCUCGGGGAACUGGUGUUCCAGAUUCGCUUUGGGCUUCUCGACAUGUCAUAUUAUUCCGCACAGGUGUCCACUCGCCAGAUACUUUAUGAUGCGGAAAAACUGGAGCUUUUUCAGGCCAUAUCCGGCACUACUGUGAGAGGGAUGAAGUUUAAUGGUAAACAGCGAAACUGUCCACAAAGAUAUGAAUCAUGUCGCCGAGGUCUAAAGAUUUUCUAAAAGAAUUCAACUUCAUAUCAAUAUAUAUAAGAAAUAGCUAAUGUCAUGGCUUUGUGGAGAUAACAUGUAAGUCACUGAUAACGGGACCAAUAACAAGGAAGAUUUUUAAUCCUUAGUUUAAUAUUAUUGCCAUCAAUACAAUAUCAAAAAUCAUUGUUAACAUACUUAUGGCCUAUUAGAAACAUAUUUAUCUGCCCUUGAUUCACACGCUCUAAGCGGCAGAUUUUUCUGGCGAAUAUAACAUGCGGCGUUUACACGCUCCAGUCGCUUGCAAUAAUUGCCAAAAUCGUCAUAUGCGCUCUCGUCGCAUUAAUUUAUUCCAUAUAUAAAUGAAUAUUCCCCUUGCCUUAUAGAUUUGGUGAUUUUUUACGUGUUAAAAAAGGUAUUGUUUUGUGCUCUAUAUACUAGUCUCUGGAUGAGAAACUAUCAGUCUGUUACAGCUUAUUGAAACAAAAUGUCCCAGUAUUCAACAAAUUCCAUGCCACUUCUACUCAAUGAAUGUAUUUUUUAAUGUAUUUUUCUUAACCAUGUUUGAUUUCACUAUUAAUACACAUA